AUGGUUAGCAGGAAGAGGUGCUUGGUUCUGGGAUUAACUGCAUUUUUAUGGGUUGCACAUGCACAACAGGAAGACCAGAAAUGCAGGUUGCUGCGCAAGUUUAAUUUGACUGGAUAUGUAGAAGCCAAAAACCAUUCAGUUGUUAUUGGAGGACUAUUUCCUAUCCACUCUAGGACAAUCCCAACAGAUGACCCUGAUGGAGAACCCGUAUCAGCCAUGUGUGAAGGGUUUAACUUCCGGGGAUUCCGCUGGAUGAAAACCAUGAUCCACACCAUCAAGGAGAUUAAUGAGCGGAAGGACAUUUUGCCCAACCACACUCUGGGCUAUCAGAUAUUUGACACCUGCUAUACCAUCGCCAAAACAAUGGAGACAGCUUUGGCAUUUCUUACAGGACAAGAAGAAUUCCAGCCCAAUUUUAGAAACAGCACUGGAAAAUAUCUAGUAGGAAUUAUUGGAGCUGGGGGAUCAUCCUUGUCAGUUGCUGCUUCAAGAAUUCUGGGGUUGUAUUACAUGCCUCAGGUGGGCUAUACUUCUUCCUGCCCAAUUCUUAGUGACAAAUUCCAGUUUCCAUCUUAUCUUCGCACAAUACCCAGUGAUAAGAUCCAGUCUGAGGCCAUGGUGACUCUCAUCAAACACUUUGGUUGGGUCUGGGUAGGCGCUAUUGCAGCUGAUGAUGAUUAUGGAAAAUAUGGAGUAAAAUCCUUUAGGGAAAAAAUGGAAAGCUCCAACCUCUGUGUUGCUUUCUCUGAAACCAUUCCCAAAGUCUACUCCAAUGAGAAAAUGCAAAAUGCUGUGACUGCAGUGAAGAAGUCUACUGCCAGAGUCAUUGUGCUUUUUACAACUGACAUUGACCUCAGCCCCUUUGUGCUGGAAGUGGUUCAUCAUAACAUAACUGACAGGACCUGGAUAGCCAGUGAAGCCUGGAUUACCUCAGCCCUCAUUGCAAAGCCCGAGUACUUUCCAUAUUUUGGUGGAACUAUUGGAUUUGCAGUACCAAGAACAGUGAUACCAGGACUGAAAGAAUUUCUUUAUGAUGUACAUCCUAGCAAGGAUCCAAAUGAUGUCUUGACCAUUGAAUUCUGACAAACUGCUUUUAACUGUACCUGGCCCAAUAGCAGUGUGCCUUACAAUGUGGACCACAGAGUGAAUAUGACUGGCAAAGAAGACAGAUUAUAUGACAUGUCUGAUCAGCUCUGCACUGGGGAGGAGAAGCUGGAAGACCUGAAAAAUACCUAUCUGGAUGUAUCUCAGCUCAGAAUCACAAACAAUGUCAAACAAGCUGUGUAUGCUAUGGCUUAUGGUCUGGAUCGUCUCAGCAGAUGUGACUUACCGAAAAGAGAAAAUGCAGAUGCAAAAUGUUCACACAUGCCUGACUUUGAGCCCAGGGAGCUAUUGGCUUACUUAAAGGAAUUGACAUUUACUACUCAUGAUGGAAGAAAUAUACACUUUGACUUGAAUGGAGAUCUGGAAAGUGGAUAUUAUGAUAUCCUCAAUUGGCAAAUAGAUAAUGCUGGAGAAAUCGCCUUUGUCAAAGUUGGAGAAUACAAAUUCCAACAAUCAAAUUUUGAACUUGUUCUUCUGAAGAAUGCAACAUUAUUUUGGAACACUGAAUCUUCAGGGCUUCCAGAUUCAGUCUGCACAAAACUGUGUCCUCCAGGGACCCGGAAGGGGAUUCGGCAGGGGCAACCCAUAUGCUGCUUUGAUUGCAUCCCCUGUGCUGAUGGAUAUGUGUCAGAGAAACCAGCACUAGGCUUUUGCCUUUGUCUGUCUUCCAUUCUCGGAAAGACUAUCUCACUCUUUUUUGCCUACAGGAUUUCCAAAUCCAAAACCAGACUUAUAUCCAUGCACCCCAUUAUUCGAAAACUCAUAGUGCUGAUCUGUGUUUUAGGGGAGAUUGGUGUAUGCUCAGCUUACUUGCUGUUGGAUCCUCCGAGAAUGUACAAGAACAUUGAACCUCAAAAUGUAAAGAUCAUCUUUGAAUGCAAUGAAGGCUCUAUAGAGUUUCUGUGUUCCAUAUUUGGGUUUGAUGUCCUUCUGGCCUUACUGUGUUUUCUUACAACCUUUGUGGCUCGCCAGCUGCCAGAUAACUACUAUGAAGGGAAAUGCAUCACUUUUGCAAUGCUGGUCUUUUUCAUUGUCUGGAUCUCUUUUGUCCCUGCUUACUUGAGCACCAAAGGCAAAUUCAAAGUGGCCGUGGAAAUAUUUGCCAUUUUGGCAUCCAGCUAUGGCUUGUUAGGCUGCAUAUUUCUUCCCAAAUGCUUCAUUAUUUUGCUGAGGCCAAAGAGGAAUACUGAGGAGACUGUGGGUGGGAGAGUCCCCACUGUAGACAGGAGCAUCCAGUUGACCUCAGCUUCUGUGAGCAGUGAGCUUAACAACACCACAGUGUCCACUGUUCUGGAUGAGUAG